AUGUUCGCAUUCCUCAAGCUCGCUGCCCUUGUCGGCCUCGCUUCCUCUGCCCUCGCCGCUCCCGUUGAGGCCCCUGCUGCUACCAACCAGCUGGCCGCCCGCGCUCCCUACGACGUCCACAACGGCUGGGCAUCCUACUACAACCCCUCCGUCGGUACUGGCGCCUGCGGCUGGAACAACGGCGACUACGAGUGGGUGGCUGCCGUCGGCACCAGCCUGUUCCAGGAGAUGAUGGUCGACGGCAACCCGAACCACAGCCAGGCUUGCGGAAAGACCGCCAACGUCAGCUGGAACGGCAAGACCAUCAAGGUCGGCAUCGUCGACCGGUGCUAUGCCUGCGGCUACAACGACAUCGACCUGUCGCCGUCUGCGUUCCAGCAGUUUGCUGGUCUCGGGACUGGCAAGCUGCAGGGUGUGUCGUGGAAGUUCAACUGA